AUGUCGGUUGGGACCUGCCCAGGGGAGGCGCAUGCGCUACGCCUUCUCUGUGCCGGCAAUGUCAGCUUCGCCGCCGGCCCACCGGAAGAGGGCUGCGCCUAUCAGGCCGCGUCGCUGCCGCUCCUGGUCCUUGUUUCGCUGGCAAUGUUUUACGGGCUCGCGCUCGUGUGUGAGGAGUUCAUGGUGCCCUCGCUAGCCAUUCUUUGCGAUCGCUUCUCCAUCCCGCCACACGUUGCCGGCGCGACCCUCCUCGCCGCUGGCUGCAACGCACCGGAGCUCAUCGCCUCUGCUAUCGCAAUGUUCGUGACGCGUUCCACGGUCGGCGCCGGUACAAUUGUUGGUUCUGCGCCCUUCAACAUACUCGUCAUCUGCGGUGCUUCGGCGCUCGCCGUAGGUGGUAUAGCGCUUAACCUCUGGCUGGUUGGCCGCGAAGUAGUAUGUCUGCUUUCAGUAUUGGUUGCAUUUGCGAUGGUCAUGUCUGACGGCAGGGUUGACUGGUACGAAGCCUUGUUUCUGCUCAGCAUUUAUGUUGGGUACGUGCUGCUGUGUGUGCACUGGGAAAGAGUGCUCACGGGCUUCAGGCAGCUCUUUGGCUUCACAGUGGCCACCGGCGGCUGCGAGGGCGGCUACCACGCCGCCAUCGUCUCGGAAAACGAUGACGUUCCGGUGGCAGUGGCGGAGCCGCCCUCAGCCGCAACUACUGCGGAGUGGGCGGCUACAAUCGCCGAGUGCAAGAGACGCGUCGAGAGACGCAAGGUGGCGGCCUCGCUGGACGCUACGACCCUCACGACUCCGCUGGCUUCGCGGAGGAGUGGAGUACUACUCAAGCGCAGCCGGUGGUGCAACCUUUACGAUGACACGGCGAGCGUCCGUGUGCAGCGGUUGCUGUGGAUGCCUAAGCUGGUCUUGCUGGACGAUGACCCGCUGCGACCCCUUCGCUACACUUCCAGUCUCGAUGCUUCCGCGCUCGAACUGCUGAGCGUUCAUCCGGAGGCCGGGCACGCGCUGCCGCUGGACGCGUGCGUGAGACUCGCCGUGACAGUAGAGCAAGAGUUGCGCCUCACCGUCGCGCCGCCGCCAUUGCGUCAGACGUCCCACCCUGCGACGCAGCCAGACCUUGCCAGCAAGACCCACGGCCAGAUCUGGCGGCGAGGAGCACGACGGGUGGCGUACCUAGCGCUCUUUCCGCUCGCCGCGCCCAUCCACAUGACGACGCCUGACGCGCGCCACGCUCGCUGGAAGAAAUGGUUCGCUCUCACGCUGCUGAUGUCGCUCGUCUGGCUCGUUGUCCUUGCCACCGUGAUGACGACCUGCCUCGAGGCGAUCGGAUGCCUGAUCGGUUUCUCUUCGACCGCGAUGGGGCUCACGCUCGGCGCCGCGGGCACCUCUUUCCCAAACAUGUAUGCCAGCGUCCUCGCUGCCCGGCAGGGCGAGGCAGCCAUGGCCAUCGCAUUCGCGAGCAACGUGUUCAACAUCUGCGUCGCACUCGGCGCGCUCUGGCUCGUCCAGGCGACGGCGGGUAACUGCGAGUACAUCGAAGGCCGGCCCACCCCGUGCGGCGGCUGCUACUUGCCGGCGGGCGUGAGCGGGAUGGCGUGCCCGGGGGUGAGCGGGACUGAGCCCAUCCGGCAGCCGGGAUCCCUUCAGGGGACGGUGCUCUUCACGUGCCUCUGCGUCGUGGCUGUCCUGCUCUCCGUCGUCUUUGCCGGUGGCAGGCUGCCGGUGGUGGCCGCCGGUGCGCUGGUCGCGCUCUAUCUUGUGUUCGCCGUCUACGAAGUGUUGGCAGCGUUCGAGGCGGUGGCACCGCUGUGCGUCAUGGGCGUUUGCCUAUAG